AUGGCGCCGCAGACCGCGGGGUCGGCCCCUGCAGUGGCGGCGCUCGGGUUCCUCCUCCCGACCUGCUGGGAGAUCGAGGUCACGUGCGCGGCCGCGAUGAUCCUCGUCGCGCUCUACGCUGCGUACGAGCUCCUCAACCCGCGCCCCUCGCAGGCGGCAGCGGCGGGCGACGCCGACGGGCUCCUCGUGCGGGGGCUAGACGGCGCCGACAAGUUCAAGGGGGGUGCCAGCGGCCCCUCUGCGUAUGUAGUGAAGCUCGAAUUGUUGGCUGCUAAAAAUUUGAUGGCUGCAAACUUAAAUGGGACAUCUGACCCGUAUGCAUUGAUCACUUGUGGAGCAGAGAAGCGUUUCAGCUCCAUGGUUCCUGGCUCAAGAAACCCAAUGUGGGGAGAGGAAUUCAAUUUUUUUGUUGAUAGUCUUCCUGUAAAGAUAAAUGUCACGAUAUAUGACUGGGACAUUGUAUGGAAAAGCACAAUCCUUGGUUCUGUUACUGUUCCUGUUGAGGCUGAGGUACCGAGUGGACCAGUUUGGCAUACACUUGACAGCACAUCAGGCCAGGUGUGUCUUCAUAUUAAAGUAAUCAAGGUUUAUGAAAGUUCCUCCAGGGCUCUAAAUAGCUCAGCUGAGGCGGGCGCUCGUAGAAGGAUUUCCUUGGAUAAGCAAGGUCCUACUGUAGUUCAUCAAAAGCCAGGUCCUUUGCAGACAAUUUUUGAACUACCUCCAGAUGAGGUUGUUGACCACAGUUAUUCAUGCGCACUUGAGAGGUCAUUUCUGUAUCAUGGACGCAUGUAUGUCUCUUCAUGGCAUAUUUGCUUUCAUUCAAACGUCUUUUCAAAGCAAAUCAAGGUUGUGAUUCCUUUGAGAGAUAUUGACGAGAUAAGGAGAAGUCAGCAUGCAGUUAUUAAUCCAGCUAUUACAAUAUUUCUUCGAAUGGGAGCUGGAGGAUUUGGUGUUCCUCCAUUAGGAUGUCCAGAUGGAAGAGUCAGGUACAAAUUUGCAUCAUUUUGGAACAGAAACCAUACAUUUAGAGCAUUGCAGCGAGCUGUGAAGAACUUCCAAAUGAUGAUAGAGGCUGAGAAACAGGAACGUGCUCAGUCUGCAUUACGUGCACACAGUAGUUCAAGAAAAACUAGCAAGCAGGAGAUAAAUGUCCCAGAAGAUUGUGCUGCAUUAACAGGGCAGUUACAACCUUUUGUUAAAGAAGAAGUUUUGGUCCCUGUAUUCAAUGGAACUUUUCCAUGUACUGCAGAGCAGUUCUUUAGUAUUCUUUUAAGUGAUGAUUCGAAUUACAUAACAGAGUAUCGAACAGAUCGGAAGGAUAAAGAUAUAAAUCUGGGCCAAUGGCACAUCGCAGAUGAGUAUGAUGGCCAGGUGAGGGAACUUAAUUGUAAAUCAAUAUGCCAUAGUCCAAUGUGCCCUCCUUAUUCAGCGAUGACAGAGUGGCAGCAUAUAGCUCUUUCAGCUGACAAAAUGGAUCUGGUAUUUGAGACAGUACAGCAAGUGCAUGAUGUUCCAUUUGGUUCCUUCUUUGAGGUGCAUUGUAGGUGGUCUGUGAAAACUAUCAGUUCUAGCUCGUGCAGUCUCAACAUAAGUGCUGGUGCACAUUUCAAGAAAUGGUGCAUAAUGCAGUCUAAGAUAAAGAGUGGUGCUGUGGAUGAGUUGAAGAAAGAAGUCAAGGAAAUGUUAGACUUUGCACAGGGGUAUAUGCUCAAAGUUAGGUCUCCUGACCAUGAGAACAGUAAUCUCGCCCAACAAGACAACAUGGCAGCGGAUGCAGUGCCUGGUGAUCAAUAA